UACUGUUACCAAAGCAGGAAGUGGUGUUACACGGAAAAGGGUCCGGUUUCUAUUGUUUACGUUGCCAGAGAACAUCUAGCUAGACAGCUAGCUAAUAUUCAUUACGGUACCUAGUCAAAAACAGGAAUUAUCAUGAAACCAGCGGUGGACGAGAUGUUCCCUGAAGGCGCCGGGCCUUUUGUGGAUCUAGACGAGGCAGGGGGCAGCAGCGGUCUGCUCAUGGACCUGGCAGCAAAUGAGAAAGCAGUGCACUCAGACUUCUUCAACGACUUUGAGGAUCCAUUUGAUGAUGAGGACCUGCAGUGAAUGAGGAAGACCCUAUAUACCCAUGAUUGUGUGUGUGUGUGAGGGAGAGACAUUAAGAUCGUAAGAACUGUAAAACCAGAACCAUUUCCAUGUUGGAAGUGCUUUGGAACAUCCGCCCUCAUUUCCACUGUGUUUGUUAAAUAAAGCCUUUUCUAAAAAGCA